UUGUUUGGUCGAAUCAACUUAGAUUGACUUAGCAAGAAUCUGACAUUGAAGUGAAAAAAAUGGCUCUUCGAUUGGGCCGAUUUUUUCGUCCAAUUUCACAGAUUGCAAAGGGUGCAGUCUUUAACCAAGUUAAGACAGCACCCGCUGCAGCCACACAAUGUUUGAGAUUUGAAUCUUCUAAACCAGAGACAACACCCACUGUGAGACCCCCUGUAGCCCCUGAACGUAAGAAACAGCUGGAAGACUUUGGUCAGUAUGUUGGACAGUGUCUGUCUAAGUACGUACAGACCGUUCGGCUGAUGUCUGGGGAUGAGUUGGAAAUCCUGAUCCAUCCUGAGGGGAUCAUUCCAACUCUGACCUUUCUCAGGGAUCAUUACAAUGCACAGUUCACAAAUAUCGUUGACAUUGCAUGUGUGGAUGUACCAACCCGAGCCAAUAGGUUUGAGAUAGUCUACAAUUUGUUGUCCAUAAGGUAUAAUUCACGUAUCCGAGUCCUUACUUACACAGAUGAGCUGACAGGUAUAGAUAGUUCGUGCAGUAUUUUUCCAGGAUCAAACUGGUAUGAGAGAGAGAUUUGGGAUAUGUAUGGAGUUUAUUUCCACAAUCAUCCAGAUUUGCGGAGAAUUCUUACAGAUUAUGGAUUUGAAGGUCAUCCAUUCAGGAAGGAUUUCCCUUUGACAGGUUACACUGAGCUCCGCUAUGACGAGGAAGUCCAGCGAAUUGUGAUCGAGCCCUUAGAAAUGGCCCAGGAAUUCCGCAAAUUUGAGUACAGCACACCCUGGGAGAGUUUCCCCAACUUCCGCCCCAAGGAGGAGGAAGCCUCCGAGACCCCUGUCCCUCAGGUGGAGUCCGGGGAUAAAAAGUGAACGGACGUUUCCAUUAGUUCUAAAGUUAUUAUGAAGAUAUUCUGUGUAAAUAAAGAUAUUAUAAUAGAU